CUGUAGCCGGAACUAGCGCUCUCCAUCGUAGCAAAUUGACGUAGUUGAAAAAGAGGGGGGAGGUAAGUCAUUUUUUAAGGGGAAGAAAGAAAGAAACAAAGUUCUCGACCGUGCAAUGCAUACGGAGAGGGAUUUUAUUUAUCUUGAGAGACUCGUUUAGUCCAGCACCGGUCUGCUGGGAGCUAACUGUAGCGGCGCACCGGUUCCCCUCAUUUCCUCCUCUGUCUCCUAACUUCUCCGCUACUAUUUCUCCGAGUCCCGGACAGGAUUUCUCCUUUGAAAACGGGAAAGAUAAAAAGCAGCCGAGCACAGGGGGAUGGACGGGACUGAGGAUUCCAGAGAAUACGAUCUGUUUGUUUUCUGUUUCCUGAGUUAAAGAAAAUCAUGCAAUUUUAAUUGUUCUGAGCAACUUUCUUCCUGAGAUGAAUGGCAGGAAUCGGGUGAGUCGACUAUCUGUGCACAGACUGAUUUAUUUUGUCUACACUGGACCCACAUGAAGUGGCGAUAGAGUAACGUUCCAUCCUGCUCGACUUCUGUGUUUUUAAAAAGAUAAAUUCAGAAGCCCUCAUCGUGCUGGAUGGCCGCGGUCUAAAACGGACUUUACUGAAGUAGUCUAUAUCUCAGAGAGAAGAUGCAGAUGUGGAAUCACACGAGGGUCCACAAAGGAGGCCCUCCACGACCAUAGGUCACGCUGAAGUGUCCUGGGUGCGUGAUUCUUCUGUUUCCUGACUGGAUUGACUUGAACUAUUAGUAAUUGUCUAAUAAUCCAAUGGGUUCUUGCUCACCACAGCUUACCUGUGCUCUUUUCAAAUGAGGGCAAAUCAGAUGACUCAGUUGACUUAAGUCAUGUAACCACCUUGGAAUGUCCUAAAGGUCUUAUUUAUCUGUUCUCUAUUUAUUGUGUGUGUGUGUAUAUAAGGGGACGUCUUUUUUUUGGCUUUGUACUAGUUUCAAGGGCAGUUUUAUGUUCUUAUUACAGAAUUUGAAAGCUAACAUUUCAACUGUCGUAGUGAAAACUGUCGAUUUACAUCUACAUCUUUGUUCUGCUGUAUAUCUACCCACACUGUAUUUGAGCACAUUAAUCUAUAACUUGCUGAGAGAGCUGUACGACUUGACUCUGCCCAGACAGGUAAAGAACUUGAGCAGGCUUCAUCAUGGACAGGCCGAUAAGCAAGUUAUUGGAGAAGUUAAAGCUAACAGACUCGGGCAGUGUGAAAUUCAACAGUUCAAAGAAAAAGCAUGACUCUACCAACAACUCUAAUAACAGCAACGCCAACGCUGGCGUCUCUGGAGGCAGCGGUCUGCCACCAGCUCCCAGCUCUGGAGCUGCCUCACCCUCAAGAUCCGGCCAGUUCUCGCUUGCCUCUGCAACCACAAGCGAUGCAUGCGUUCCAGUGAAUGGGAGAGGAGGAGGAGGAGGAGGAGGGAUUGGAAUGCCUCCCUCUCAGCUCCUCACACCACAGUCACCCUUGUCCAGUGUGGGUGCCAUACCUUCAGAUGGUGAACAGCCACUUCAUCCUUCCACCUUGGCACCACUGAGGCGUCGCUCCCCUCAGCAGCGAGCUUCCUGUUACCUGGGCGAAGGCGUAGAUUCCCACCUAAGGCGUGAGUCUGGCCUGGGCCCUGAGUGUGACCCUUUGGGGGCGUUUGGUUCCAAGGCAUCCCUCAAUCAACGGCGCUACUCGCUGGAGCUUCAGAAGCUGGUUAGACGACAUCAGCUCCUCUCCCAGCCACCCCCACUAUACCCUGCCACCAUAGGCUAUGGGUCAGCUCCCAGAGCUGGCGGAGGCAGCCUGGCUGAGCCCGGCUACCUCUCUGAGCCUGAGAGGCACAAGCGUCUCUCUCUCCAGGAGGCUCUGUUUUACAAACGCCUGAGCACGGGUAGUGAACUGUGGGAGUGUGCCAGGCCUGCAUCCCUCUCUCAUCCACCACAUCGCCCAUCAGAUGUGACCGGAGGAGGUGUCGGAGGAGGCUUCUUUUACCCCCAAGGACCAGCCUUGAGUCCAUGCUCGUCAUUCAGCCUCCAGGAGUCUGUGCUGGUCAGCCCCAGGUCCAGCUUUGCCUCUAGCACAGCCAGCGGUGGCGGAGGAGGGAGCCCCAUGGGGAGCCGGUGCAGCAGCAACCGGACCAGUGGCAUCAGCCUAGGCUAUGACUCUCGCUACUCUGCUUCUGGAGGCCUCCCUCCGCAGCAGCAGUUCCCUUCUGUGCAGACAGGGGGCUCUGUGGCUGGUUAUGGCGUGCUGGGCAGAGCUGGGGUAACCCCUGUAGAGGCCUGGAGCCAAUACCUGGAGGGAGGGAUGCGUCCAGGGACCCACGAUAUUCGACACUCCUACCCACCUGCUGUUGGAAGUCCAGGAGCCGCGUGCUACCAGGGUGGCCCAGAGUGGUGGGAUGAACAGCAGGCAGGAGUGAGAGGCAAAGAGGGGGCCCGUUACUCAGACCUACCUGGAACUCUGUAUCAGGAAGAACUCACCCGACUUCUACUGAGAGAUGCAGCGCUCGAAGGCGAGGGGCUCCUGGAGGGCCUGAUGCUGAAAGAUCAGUCUUUGGCUCUGAUGGCUCUUUCCAAACCAGGCACGACAACACUGGGGCUGACCUCCACUGGAGGACCACUCAAUUCUCAGGAGGAUCCAGGAGUGCGAGCGGGAAGAGAGGUCACGGAGAACCGCCAGGAGUUCUUUGGAACCUGUGUGAAAUGUGGGAAAGGCGUGUACGGGGCAGAUAAUGCCUGCCAGGCUCUGGACAACCUCUAUCACACCCGCUGCUUCACCUGUGUGUCCUGUGGACGCACCCUGAGAAACAAGGACUUUUACAAUGUCAGUGGCUCUGUGUACUGUAAAGAGGAUUACAUGUUUUCAGGAUUCCAGGCUGCAGCUGAGAAGUGUAGCGUGUGUGGCCACCUUAUUCUUGAGCAGAUCCUGCAGGCUCUUGGGAACUCAUACCAUCCUGGCUGUUUCAGAUGUGUGGUGUGCUCCAAGGCUCUGGACGGGGUGCCUUUCACUGUGGACCAGCACAGCAACAUCUACUGCGUUGCAGACUACAACAGGACUUUUGCCCCGAAGUGUGCUGCCUGUUUACAACCCAUCUUACCUACUGAGGGCAGUGAAGAGAUCCUCAGGGUCGUGUCGAUGAACAAGGACUAUCACUUUGAGUGCUACCACUGUGAGGAGUGUGGUAAGCAGCUCUCCGAUAAGCCUGGGUCACAGUGCUUCCCCCUAGACUCUCAUCUCCUCUGCCACUCCUGUCACAUGAGCAGAGUGUGCGCCACACAUAACAUCCCCCCCCACAACACACACUGAUCAACUGGAUGUGACGAGGUGGUCUCAACGUGCUGUCGUUCGUCCAUGUGCUUUACUUAAGUUUGUUUGUUUUUGUUGUUUUUUUUCCCCAAGAUGAAACUGCUGAUACUCACCUAGACUCGGAGCAGUCCAUUCUGUCACCCAUACUGCCUGCUGUAGUUUUUGUUACUGUACCAUAGUUUAAAGGGAAUGGGAGACAAACUACUGCUUUGUUUUUACCCCAAUGUGGCUGUAUGUUGUAGAAGAACAAGGGAUUUUGCUCAACUGUUUUGUACAUAUUGCUAGCAAACAUUUUGCACUUAAACUUGAUGUUACUGUAGGAUUUGUUGCGUGAAUCUGUACAAAUUGGGGGGAAAAAAAGACUUCACUGUAAUUUCUGUAUGCUGUAAUAAAUAUUUCCUGUCAA